AUGGAAACAUACAUUCAAAAGGCUCUUUCUCACCACCACAUCCGCCCCUCAACGUCCCCGGUCGGCGCAGGGUUUUUCUUCGUAGAGAAGAAGGACAAGACCCUGAGACCCUGCAUUGACUAUCGUAAUCUCACCUGGGAGAUCGAGAACAUGAUCGGAAGUGUUGACGUGGGGGCACGCUUCUCGGAUUGCCUGUCAUGGGGGAGUUCGCAGGACCAUCAACCUACUGAGACGGCGGUUUUUCUGGCCUUCUUUGGAGAAGGACGUCCGAGAAUACGUGGCUGCUUGCUCAGUCUGUGCUCGUUCCAAGAACUCUACUUCGCCCCCCCUGGACAUUUGUUGCCGCUGUCGACACCCAGUCGCCCUUGGUCGCACAUCGCGGUGGAUUUUGUCACCGGCCUGCCUCCAUCCCAAGGCCACACUGUAAUACUCACCGUCAUUGAUCGCUUUUCUAAAGCCGUCCAUUUCAUUCCUCUAGCACAACUUCCCUCGGCUUCCGACACUGCAGAUAUCAAGGUCAAUCAUGUGUUUCGUUACCAUGGCAUACCUUGUGACAUCGUGUCCGACCGCGGACCCCAAUUCACGUCCCAAGUGUGGAGGUCUUUCUGCUCCGCCCUUGGAGCCACGGUCAGUCUCAGUUCAGGUUACCAUCCGCAGUCCAACGGGCAAGCUGAGAGGUCCAACCAAGAGUUGGAGGCAGCUCUCAGAUGUUUGGUGGCACAAAACGAAUCGGACUGGUCCAAGUACCUUAUCUGGGUGGAAUAUGCUCACAACACCCACUCCUCCACCGCUACAGGCAUGUCCCCCUUUGAAGCCUCCUUAGGGUUCUCACCACCUCUGUUCCCUUCUCAGGAACUCGAUCUGGCGGUGCCCUCGGUCCAGCUCCAUCUACGACGGUGCCAAGACGUUUGGCGUCAGGCCAGGGCAGCUCUCCUGCCCACCAGGGAGAGCAACUGCCAGAUCGCUAAUCGUCGCAGGGUGCUACCAGCUGGUUCCACUUACCUCGUCAUCAUCCCUGCCUUCUUAAGGAGAUCCAGGACCUUUCUUCGACGCCAGUUCGUUGUUCCUCUCACGGGAUCCUCGUCACGAGUAUUCCAUCGGGUCGCAGCUCACCAGCCUCACUCUCCAUCCUCCUUACGGAUCCAGCGGAAUCCACAUGCUCAAGCUUCAUCUGCCUCAACUCUCCAGUCAGCCGUCACGCCACAUCAAGAACAUUAAGAACUCUGUUACAGACUCUCCUUCAGAGAAUUAAAUCCUCUAGCACUUACCUCUCGUUUCCGAGUAUCCUUCCGGGUUCCAGCGUCUGGGUCCCUCUGAAAUCCCGCGUGACCAUGACAGUUUCAUUGUCACAUUCAGUAAACCUUCCCCCUGCAAACCCCUGUGAAGAAAUAGGAUUCUUUGUGCAAAUCUUGGAGUUAUCCAGAGAAGCAAUAAAUAUGCCAUGGACUACAUUUCUACCACUUGGGUUGAACAUCUUAUUCUUGGGAAAGUGUUCAAAUUCAUGUUCUCAUGUGGAGGUUGGAGUUGACCUUCAUUCUGGAUGCUGGUAAUGGAACCUAACGUUAUCCAGGAAUGAUUGAUGGGGACUCUUUUCAUCGUUGAACCGAGUGCACCCUCAUAUCUGGUCCGACGGCAGGGCAGAACGAAUCCAGAGGCUGAUACUCCAGCUAUUGGCCAGAGGAAGCAGGCGGGCUAUCGGCUGACGAAUCAGAGCGACCAGAGGAGGAGAAUCAAACACAUGUUAAAAGGACUGUUUUGAUAGUUUUCCAUUGUUCUCGGGAAUACCUACAAGUAAUUUGCAUGUAACUUAUGCGUCUGUAGGUCUUUUAACUUGAGAAUCCAGAUAUCUGCAACAUUGUCUUUUAAUCUAUUUUAUAAUUAUUGUCAGGGCAAUAAACUUCGUGUAUUUUUAA